AGCGUGGGGACACGGUUGCGCAAUUUUGGCGGGCGUGGGGACACGGUUCGCGCAAAUUCGGGGAUCAUGGUAAUCGGAGAUCUGGUCUUCGUAAUGCGGCGAUCACCUUCGCUCCUUGCCGCCUUUCUCUUGCUGCUGUUGCCAUGUUUCUUCACUUUGCAAUAUGCGGGGCGGGGUGGUGGUUGCGGCGGAGGCGGCGACAGGGGAGAGGCAAUAGAUGGAGGAGGUGCUAGGGGCGGAGAAGCGGGAGGACGGGCAGCAUUGACAUCAGAAAAUGAGAACGUAGCGACGGCAUCGCCGUCGGCGCCGCGCGCUGAAGACGAUGAUCAUCUUCAUCAUCGUCUUCGCCGUCUUUUCCGCAUUCCUGAGGCGUCAGAAGGGCGAUUACUGCAGGGGAUGUUCAAUACAUCCAGCAUAUCUACCAUUGAUGCUGCCUUAGUUGCUGAUGGUACCAGCGUCGUGAAGUUCCUCGGAGAGAGUCCGUUCAACACUUUUUUGAACGGUUCUGAACUAUGCGCGGGCCCAAUCCCGGACGUCGCCCUCUCUCGCGACGGCACUGUGUUGUACUACAGGCUGUUGGAAGCAUGCAUGGACCCCGCAUUUCAAAAAUUCACCAAGCUCCGCUACUCGUUUAGAGAAGCCAAACCGGGUACGGCUACGGCGCUGGCGGGAGGUGGACGUUUGCUUAGUUACUGGUGGCCGGCUGCGAAUCCAAGCGGGAGAGCGAAUAUGACCGCCUUUAUUUUUGAGGAUCCGUUGGGCUCUGAUCGGAUCAAUCCGAUGAUGAACUUCAUUUCCAGCAUGGAUGUGACUAAGUCUGAUACGCACCUGGCCGUCUUUCCGACGCCAAUCGGCAUCGGCAAGAGAAUGAUAGUUUUCAUCGAGGUCGCCAGCGGAGAUAGGACGGCAAUCGAGGUGUCCGACGUGGACUCGCCAGGAAGUCUCGCGUUCGCUCGGCUUGCUAAUGAGCGUCUGUAUAUCGCCGACACCGCUGCGCCUUAUCGCAUUCUCUCUGCGCCCAUGUUACCUGGAGCUGAUGGUAUUCCCAUGAGUAGCACGACUGUUUUCGCGCCGGAGGCCAAUUUUCCCAAAGGCGGGAGGCCCAACAUAACAGAGACUAAGUUCGCGGGGCAAAGCUUGGACUCACAAGGGAGGUGUCUGUACUUCAGCGACUCCACCAAUCUCACGGUUUGGAGCCUGGACUUGACAUCUCCAUCAUCAAGAUCGUCAUCAGCGUCGGAAUCGCCAAUGUCUAGAAACGCCACGCAUGUCGCAGGAUCAGGAAAGAAAAAGAUAGAAGAUGGUCCCGGUUUGAGCGCGUCGUUCUGGUCUCUGUCGCAUCCGGUAGUAACUCGAGACGGGUGCAACGUGUUCGUUGUGGAUGACGAUACGGUUCGCUGGAUAAAACUUAGCUCGCCCUGCUCUACAGCUCUCAAAGUGACAUCUGUUGCGAAGGUUGUGGCUACGAACUUUUGGAGCUUAGCGCUCUUCGAUAACGGGACAAGCAAUCCGCUCUUGUACCUAGGUACAAUGGACGGGCAGGUAUACAAGCUGGAGAUCAACAGGGCCGCGUUACAUUCAUGUCGUAGUGAGGUGCCGAAUCCGCCCAUACCGUCUCUGCCCUCGAGCAGUCCACCUCCUCCACCUCCUUCCCUAUCUGCUCCUAAUGUUUCCCAAAGCUCCCCACCGCCCCCCUCCCCUCCCUCUUCUAGUAGCCCUCCAGCGGUGCAAGACUCGAGCAGCUCGAAAUCGCCAAAGGAUAAUCCGUCUCCCGCCAUCAUCGUGGUUCCCGUUGUGUGCGGCUUGGCUGUCCUCCUCAUCGUCGUCGGAGUUGCGAUCGUUUACUGCAGGCGCAUUAACCGACCACUGGAGGCGAUACCAGUCACUCAAUCUACGACCUACAUACCGUCAUUGCCGCUGACCACUGACACCGUCCCGCUUAACCCCGCCGUUGUCAGAGCUUUCGGGCUCACCGAUCUCCGAUUCUGCACGAAUGAUUUCGAUCAGAGUUAUCUUAUUGGAGACAAGGGAGCGUUCGGGGAGGUGUACUGGGGUUCGCUGGGAGGAACUCAGGUGGCAAUCAAGGUAAUGCACGGGGAGCUGACGGCUGCCAAGCGCAGGCAGUUCGUAGCGGAGGUGAAUACUCUCACCCGCCUUCACCACGCCAACCUCAUCCAGCUUAUCGGAUACUGCGACGAGGGGAACCGGUGCAUCCUGGUCUACCCUUAUUUCGCAGGUGGGAGCUUGCACUCACGAUUACACAAGAGGGUGGGGGUGCGCGGAGCGGCGCCCCCGCCGCCGCUGACGCUGUCGCAGCGAAUGUCGAUCAUUUCGCAGAUCGCAGAAGGCCUUCGGUAUUUGCAUUGCGGCGCCAAUCCGAGAGUCAUUCAUCGGGACGUGAAGAGCAGCAACGUCCUCCUCAGCGAUGGUGCUGACGGCAGCUUGCAAGUCGUGCUCGCCGAUUUCGGCACGGCAGCAAUAACCGAGAAUGUGUUCGAGACGGGGCACCAGAGCGUGGUGAAGACGUGUCAGCUGGCGGGGACACGUGGCUACAUCGCACCCGAGUACCUGCUGAGAGGGCGGCUGACGGCCAAGAACGACGUGUUCGCAUUCGGAGUAGUUGUGUUGGAGUUGAUGACUGGAAAACCGGCGAUUCUUCGCCAAUCCCCGGUUGAUGGCGAAUGCCAAGCCCUCGCGGAAUGGGUAAGAGAAAUUUCCCAGCGUUCAAGCAUGUCGGCCAUUCUCGGCACGAUCAUCGACCCGUGCUUGAGGAGUAUAGUGGAGACGAACGUCGUCAUCAGGAAUAUGGUCAUAGAUGAGGUUAAUCUAGGGAUGACCUGCUCCCAACUGGAAGACGAGCAAAGGCCGAUCAUGAGCUCGGUGUGCGACAGGCUGACGGUUAUGCUGUCGGAAGCAAAAGGCCGGGGUAUAUACGAGUAGCGCCGUCCAUGGAAGAGUGGACGAGUACCUGGAAAUGGCGGCGAGGAGGCCAGUCGGCGAAAGCUGGGAGCGGGAGGGGAGGGAGAAGGGGGAGUGGGGGCGGGGAGCGGGGGUGUAAAGGCGGUGGGAUUGCGAACGACUGAGGAGGAUGAGCUUAUAAAUUCUCGACAGAGUGCCCGCUCCAGAGUUGAUAAGUUUCUCGACAGAAGGUACUCAGGUAUAGUGAGGGUAGAUUGAUGAUGCCGUUCGUUAUCAAUCGGCCUUCGUCGUCAAGGCGCACAAAGAUGUCUCUUGCGCUUACGUGGCGGUGGCUUUGAGA